AUGGCGGGCAUGGAAGGAAUUGCAGCGGCGGGAGGAACUGGAAUUAGAAGUGGAAGUGGAAUAGGGGGAGGAGGAGGCGGUGUCUCAGUCUCAGAGGGGGGGAGAGGAGAAAAGCAAAAAAAAAAGAACAGAGCCAAGCAGGGGCAUGGAGGUCGCUCGACUGCGCGCGCGUUACGACUGGAGUGCGCUGUGGAGAAGGCACACCAGGAGCUGGGCUGGCUGAUGCGCGUGCGGAGGAGGUCAGGGGCGCUGGCGCUCUGGUGCACCUGCGUUUCUGGUCGAAGAGGCGCCGGAGGUGGUGGUCGGCGCUCCAAGAAACAAGGGGAGGGAGAUGGGGGAGGGGGUGGCAGGGCAGAGGAGGUGGCGGGGCAGCGGGGGAAGGGGUGGCGUGCAAAGGGGAAGGGGAAGAGGGAGAGGAGGUGGCGGAGCACCGAGGGAAGAGGGCAGCAGGGGAGGGGUUGGCGUGCAGAAGGGAGGGGAAAGGCAGAGGAGAGGAGAAGGGGAAAGGGAGGAGAGGGGUGA